CGGGUCUGUCCAUGUCACCCAGACAAAGGAAGAAGGUCCCCCGCACGACCCCCGCCAUGAAAGAGCUCCAGAUGAUGGUGGAGCACCACCUGUGCAAGCAGCAGGCGGAGGAGGAGGAUGCCAGCAUGGGGAGCCAGGAGCCACACAGCCCUGGGUGCUGCCACCACGGUAACACAGACCCCAACCACAGCCCCGGGGGAACCUGCCCCCUUGCCCAGGCCAAGACCAGGCUGGAGUCUCAGGAGGGUAACCAUGCUGGACCAGACGGGAGUGAGUAUAACAUGGACACGCAGGAAAGAUAUUAGGGUGUCCCCAGUGAUGUCCUCGGUUGGACAGAGUCCAUCCCUGGGCACCUGCCCCCUCUGUGUGCCCUGCUCUGCGCCAGGCCCGUUCCCCCCCUUCUCCAUUGUCUGGCACCUAGUGCCUGUGCCUCACUCGCACCAGAGCCCGGCACGUGUAACACGCAGCCUGCUGCGCACACGCUGGUGUCAGUGCCGCUGCCACAAGCAGGUCAGCAGGAGCUGAGCCCCGAGGCAAAACCUGCAGCUCAUCCAGCCUCCGAGCUCAACCCAGGCUCCUCCAGACUCUGGGGCAGGCGGCAGCCUCCAGCUGUGGGGAGUUUGGGGAGGAGCCCAGCCUGGCUGCUCUAUCCCAUGUCUGCUCCCAGCUCCCAGGAAGUUUGGGCCCGUGGGUGAUUUGCUUUGUGUCCCUGGGCCUGCAUGUCCCUCUCUGUCUCAGGUACAUCACCAUGGUAUCGAGGUGCCUCUUUAUGCAUUUACCCUCCCAGCCCCCUGGGGAGAUGGGCAGGAUUAUCUGCCCCAGGGUACAGGAGGGGACCUUCGGCACGAGAGGGUUUUACCUCCCCAGGAGAUACCCCCGUCAGCCCCGCCCAUGAGCUCAGUUCAGCUGGGACCAUCCCUGCCCCCCUGACCCUAGAAUUGGAAACCUCCCAUCCUGUACUGCAAGGAGGCAUUUACCAUAAAUACCCUCAUAAAGCCCACAUGCAAAGCACACAAUAUUCAGCCAGGCUGAGCCCUCAAAGCCUGCAAAGGAGCAGCUGAGGGAGUGGAAACAUAGUGCCUGUUACCCUGACAACAGCUUUCGCUUAGCAGCAGGGCUUUAGGUGUGGAAAUUCACA